CGCAGCGCGCCUGCGACUACCUUCGCCGAACGCGCAAACCUCCAUUUAGAAAAACCACAGCAAACCAGAGAUCUACCAAUCCAACGCAGAGAAGCAACCGCAUCGCUAUAUAAUGGCCGCUCCGGCCUCCUCGUCCACCGCCGCACCCGCGUCAUCGCCACCGCACAAGCCUCCAAACAACGCCGGCAGCACCAUGCUAGAGCCACAGUCACCGUCGCCCUACCCCGACGCCGCGGCGCCCGUGGCUUCCAGCGUCAGCUCCGCGAGCUGCUGCAGCAGCAGCAGCAGCGGGGGCAGCAGCCAAGCGGACCGGUCGUCGACGUUCUCCGUGGACUCGUCUUCGGCCGCGACGCCGUCGUCCUCCCCCCCGCGCCCGCACCGCGCGAGCGACGUGGCGUGGGCGCCCAUCCGGGGCCGGGCGCUCGGCCCGCGGGACUUCACGCUCCUCCGCCGCGUCGGGGCCGGGGACAUCGGCACCGUCUACCUGUGCCGUCUCGAGAGCCAGAGCCAGGCCCCCGAGGGGUCCGCGUGCGAGUACGCCAUGAAGGUGGUGGACCGGCGCGCGCUCGCCAAGAAGGGGAAGCUGGCGCGCGCCGCGGCCGAGAAGCGCGUCCUGCGGCGGCUGGACCACCCGUUCCUGCCCACCAUGUUCGCGGACUUCGACGCCGGCACGGACCUGUCGUGCAUCGUGAUGGAGUUCUGCCGGGGCGGCGACCUCCACUCCCUCCGCCACCGCAUGCCGGGCCGCCGCUUCCCGCUCGCGUCCGCGCGGUUCUACGGCGCCGAGGUGCUCCUGGCGCUGGAGUACCUGCACAUGAUGGGCAUCGUGUACCGCGACCUCAAGCCAGAGAACGUGCUCAUACGCGGCGACGGCCACAUCAUGCUCACGGACUUCGACCUGUCGCUGGAGUCGACGGCGUCGCCGGCUCUGGAGGACGCGAGGAGCGUCGUGGGCGACAAGGACGACGACGUGCCGGAGCCGGCACCGACCUGCCUCCCGAUCCCGGAGCUGCAGCUCCUUCGGCUGCGGCGGUGGAAGCGCCGGGCCGCGCCGCGGCCGCGGUUCGUGGCGGAGCCCGUGGACGCGCGGUCCAGCUCGUUCGUGGGCACGCACGAGUACGUGGCGCCCGAGGUGGCCCGCGGGGGCGGGCACGGCGCGGCCGUGGACUGGUGGGCCUACGGCGUGUUCCUGUACGAGCUCAUCUACGGGCGCACCCCGUUCGUCGGGGAGAGCAACGAGGCCACGCUCCGCAACAUCGUGCGGCGGCCGCUGGAGUUCCCGGCCGCCGCGACCGCGCACGGGGACUCCGCCGCGGCGCGGGACCUGAUCGCGCGGCUCCUGGACAAGGACCCGCGCACCAGGCUCGGGUCGAAGCGCGGCGCCGCCGACGUGAAGGCGCACGGCUUCUUCAAGGGCCUGAACUUCGCGCUGCUGCGGUCGACGCCGCCGCCCGUGGUGCCGCCCCCCGCCGCCCCGCACCGGUGCGACAAGGCCGCCGACGUGCAGCAGCUGUUCGAUCACUUCUGAGUCCCGAACUCCCGAAGUCCCGAUGGACGUCCGUUUCGUUCAAAUGAUGCAAGCAUUUUUUUUUUCUCUUCUUUUGUCGUUGAUCGAUCGAUCGGUAGCCAGCCAAGAGUUGUGUGCCGGAGUGACUAACCAGCUUUGGUAGCCAGAUCGAGGCAUGCCUGGUGUUGACUAGCUGAAUACUCUACUCCAUUAGCACUGCUGUACAACGCUGUUAAUUACUACUAAUGAAGCGAUUAAUAUUUACUUAUUUUAGUUAC